GUAGAUUAAGCCCCAACUCAGUUAUUGUUUCUGGCCCCUUUGUGUCAAUCAUGGCUUCCGUACUCAAUCGUGAGAAUUCGAGUAUAGGGCAGACCCCUGAAUCCUCAGGUACAUCCUCCGUCAAACUACCCUCCAUUUCCAGCCUCACAGCAUCCAUCACCAGUCCUUCCAGAGACAGUCCAGAUUUGUGUCUCUUCCCACCACCACCACCAGCGCCGCAAACAUCCUCGAACCGCUAUGCUGUCGAACAAACUGUGUAUCGGGAUCCUUUCAGUCGCCACAAUUCACGUCCGCCUUCCCUUUCCGACUUACAUGCCAAACAGGAGGUCCACCUGCCGCCUCUAUCGUCGAUAUUGAGUGCACCCGUGUCCCCUCAUCCACGACCCCAUGCGGCAUCUUUACCAGGCCAAGAAGUUUACCCUCCGCUAUACGAUCCCGUCACCGCCUAUUACGCCGCGCCCCAGCAACGGCACCAGUCGUUCGCCGGCUACUCGCCAGAAAAGAGCCACUCGGCGCACGAUCCAAUGCUAGAUAAACGGGAACAAUCACCUGACAGCUCAACAGAGAGAACAGACAAACGCAAACGCGUAGUACGCAAGCGAACAAGAACCGGCUGUCUCACGUGCCGCCGGCGACGAAUCAAGUGCGACGAACGCAAGCCUUUCUGUUUCAACUGCGAGAAAUCGAAAAAAGUGUGCGCAGGAUACGAACAAGUCCCCUAUGGGGCCCGACGGUACAGGUACAUGCCACAGCCAAAGCCGCAGGAAGUCCAUCUCGAACAUGGAGAAAUCAUGCAAUCCCCGACGUCAGGUACGCUACCACCGGUUAUGAACUCUCCGAUGCCCCCUCCUCCCUUGAGCGCUGCCAUGAUGCCUCGGUCUCCACCUCAGACCGCGUUCCCCAUGGUCAGACACCACUCACACCCUUCACCGCACGUUCAGCGGUCGCCUGUACUAUUAUAUCAGCCAUACGCAGGGAAUCCUCCUCCGUAUGCGCCUCACUAUAUUUCCCGGCCCGUGGCAUACUCGCACUACUCAGCCCAUCUCGGACAAUCGCUGUAUAGGCCUGACGAGGACGGGCUUUGGGCAUGUCUGGGCAAUCCGGAGAUCAGGAUCUCUUUUGACAAGAUUAAUGACGAUUACUGUGAUUGUCCAGAUGGUUCUGACGAGCCAGGGACUUCUGCGUGCAGCUUGGGUCGAUUUUACUGCGCGAAUGAAGGGUUCCGCCCAAGCUAUUUGCCUUCCUACAAGGUCAACGAUGGCAUUUGUGAUUACGAUCUGUGUUGCGAUGGUUCUGACGAGGCUGAUGGAAAAUGCCCAUCUAGAUGCGCACAAAUGAAGAAAUCAUGGGAGGAGGAAACAGCGGCACGAAAUGCGGUUAUUUCUAGGGGACUAGCCAAUAAGGCUAAAAUUCAGCACAAAGCACACAAACAGCGGACCAAGUUGAAGUACGAAAUUACACAAUUGUCUGCCGAGAUCGAGAAACUCGACCAAGAACUUUAUGGUCUCAACCAGCUGAAGGCUCCUACAGAAAAGGAAAGCGCCAUAAUCUCAGUGUUUGAGCAGCUGGACUCGAAAUUGGAGGACAUUUCCUCGCAGAUCUCGGAAAAGCUCAAGCAACUCGACGCCAAAAGACAGAAUCUGAGAAACCUGGAAGAGAUUUUGGAAUCUAUGAGUAACGAGUAUAACCACAAUUUCAAUGACCCGGCCGUAAAAGCUGCAGCUCAAGCAUUCCAGGAGUAUUCUGUCAAUCAAGGUUUGACGAAGGACGAAAAGCACAGUGAUCAGGACAGUGAAGUUAAAUCUCUGUUCGAAACUCUGCAAAGCCAGUUGAAAGACUCUGAGACAGAAAUUCGGAAACUGGCUGGCGGUGGAGACGAGGCCGAAAACGAACUGUUCGACUUCAAAUCCACUUUCAAAGCCAUGGUGAACUCUUUCCUGGGCGUGUCAAACAGACGCCAAAAGAUCCCGUCGACAAGAGAGUCAGAAAAGCGGAAGAAGGAAAUCGAAGACGAAUUGAAGCGGUUAAGAAGAGAUUUGCACACAAAGGAGGAGCGGCUUAAUAAAGACUACGGACCACAACAAAUUCUCAUGGCUAUGGACGAUUGUAUCGUGGACAAAAUUGGCGAUUAUGAUUAUAGAUUGUGCUUCGUGGAAAAAGUGGAGCAAAUAGAUCGCAAUGGCCAUGCAGUUAGAAUAGGCCGUUUUGAACGGACCGACUUUGACGAAGAAAAACAGCAGCUCAAGCUGAUCUACGAACAUGGAGACAAAUGCUGGAACGGUCCGGUGAGAAAGGCCACUGUUCAGCUGGAAUGCGGCGAAAAAAACACCAUCGUUGCCGUUACGGAGCCGGAGAAGUGCGAGUACACGCUGAGAGUCAAGUCGCCGAUCGGAUGUUUCGAGCCAGUUGAAGCUUGAUAAAUAGAAUCGCGCGGUGUAUUAUUAAGUAGUGCGUAAAUGGACCCGGGUGUUCAUUACUGGACAUAGACUACCACGCUGGUGAUGUCGUCUGGCUUGCCUCCAAUGUAAUCUUGGCCAGUAAGAUCGCUUAGUCGCUGCGAAAACACGCUCUUGAAGUUGCUAUUAAGACUCAGCUCUUUGACGUUCCGAACAAGGUUCAUAUUCAUUUCCCCUAUCUGAUCUGCUGCAAAACAGUCAUCCAGAUACAGCGCCACAUCAUUGAUGACCACGUUAUCAAUUAAGCCGUCAGUAGUGAACAUGAUCACGUCUCCUGACUCGAGCUGGAAUUCGUACUCGUCUGCAUCUUUGGGCAGAUUCAUUAAAUACUUGGAGCCCUUCUUUUUCGCUAUGUCCAAGAAUUCUUGCGGAAUCACAGAUAACUGAUACGGAGCGUUAAACGAAUAUGUCUGCUCUUUGGACUCGAAGACGCACUUGAACCGCGAAUUUUGUUUCCUAAAGACUCCGAACCAGGAGUCACCCAAAUUGACAGCAUGCAGCUUGUUUGUCAUAGCAUCAAUGACGCCAAAACAGAUGGUCGUAGAGCCAACCUCAACAGACCCGUCCUGCUUCAUUUUGGUGUAUGCCUUGUCCAAGAUCUCAAGCGGAGUAAGGUGAUCCUCGUGUAAAAAUUCCAUUGUUACAUGGGUGGACAGCUCGCGGCUGAUCGCACUGGAAUCAAACCCUUGCUCAGACCAGCCACCAACCCCGUCCAGAACGCCAGCCAGCACCUUGGAAUCAUUAUAUGCCAUCACAUAAUUAUCUUCUCCCGUAGGCGAAUCGUACACAGUAUUGGUCUGGACCUUCUUGCGGUACUUGGAAAUGAGCCCGUCGUCAGGACGGUUUACGUCUUUGAGGCGAUCUUUUGGCUCAAAAGCCAAAGACAUCAGAUAUCCAUGGCCAGCGGUCUCAAAGUGUUUAGCAAUCGUGUGGCCGUUUUGAAAGUUUCUGAAGGUAUACGAGUCGUUCGAAAAACACCGUCUACCUAAACGAGCAGAUACCGUCAAC